AUGAUAUCCAGAACGACCGACUCGACACAACCACAAGAUAAUACCACAGAAGCUCACACAAACCUCCUUGCCUGGGCCCAAGAACAAGGCAUAAAGCUCAACGGUGUCAAGCCCCGUGCCCUACCAGGCCGUGGUCUAGGCAUAGUAGCCACACGCCCACUCCAGCCCAACGAGACAAUCCUCCACAUCUCUCCCUCCUGCUUCCGCACUGCCGACACAGCCCGCCCUCGCCUACGCAAACUCACUUCAUCCUCCUUUGCCGGCGGCGGUAGCAGCAGCAGCAACACAUCCCUAAGCUCCCACGCCAUCCUUGCCGCCGAUCUGGCCCUCGACUUUGCCAAACCAAACUCUCCCCGCUCUCAACGCAACGCCCCCUGGACCGCCGUCCUCCCUUCGCAAGAAGAUCUCUUCUCCUGCCUCCCGCUAGCCUGGGCCGAGACGGGUGUCUGGCCAGACAUCGAGUCGUACCUCCCCCCCGCAGCUAGGAAAAUUUUGUCGAGACAAAGAGGAGAGUUCAGCACCGACUGGGACGGGGUGAAAGACGUGCUUGAAAAGGAUGGGGUGACUAGAGAAGCGUACCUCCACGCCUGGGGCCUGGUAAACACACGCAGUUUCUACUGGCAUGUACACCACCCAAGGCAUCAUCACCACCAUCAGCACCUGCACGGCGACGACUCCCAUCACCACGGAAGUACCAGCAGCGGAAGGGAAGACCGCAUCUGCCUGCAACCCCUUGCCGACCUGCUCAACCACUCCUCGUCCUCCCCCCAUCUUUGUACCGCCACAUUCACCUCGACCGGCUUCCACGUCCGCACGACCACCCCACUCCCCGAGGGAAGCGAAAUCCUAGUCCGCUACGGCCGCCACGCAAAUGAUGCACUGCUGGUCGAAUACGGAUUUUUACCGUCUGAUUUAAACCCGUGGGACGAGACGCCACUUGAUGAUGCGGUGAUACCGUUGUUUAACUCUCAGCUGAAGGAGUUACUGGAGGAGAAUGGUUUCUGGGGAGGGUAUGUCCUUGACGCGAAGACGGUGUGUUACCGGACACAAGUGGCCCUCCGUCUCCUUCUCCUCUGGCCGGAUGGGCCGGGGGGCAUAGCGAGAUGGAAGAGGUGGGUUGAUGAGGGGGAGGAUGGCGGGGAGGAGGUGCAGAGGAGGGUUGAUGGGAUGUUGGUGGGGAUACUUGAGAAAUAUUUGAACGAGACUGUUGAGAGGAUGGUUCGGGAGGUCGAGGGAUGUAAAGGGGGGACGGAGAGUCAACGGCAGGUUGUUGCGGAAAGGUGGCGGCAGAUUGGACGGUUGAUGAGGGGGACGAUUGAGAGGCUUGCUUGUGGUGAGAGUUGA